UCCAGCCAUUCAGGUACUCAUCUGUGGGAGGAGGCUUUAUAAGCGGGAAGUCUUGUGUUUGCAGCUUAUGGAGUGCUGUUUGUGUAAACACUGAGCCCAGUGCACACAUUGGUUUCCGAGCCGGUGUUUGGACAGUGCGUAAAGUGAAGAGGAUCCGCUGCGUUUUUUUCUCAUCCUUGGAUAAACUUGCUUACUUGUUUGCGCAAAACAAACCCCGGAUUGCACCUACGAUUUACACGCCAUGGCUGCACCGAUCAAGUUCAGUUUUUCCGUGAGGAGCAUCCUGGACCUUCCGGAGCAGGACGCGGAGGCAGCGCCGCGGUCCUCCCCGCUGUACUCCUCCUCCUCCAGCUCGCCCUACAGCUCCUGGAUGGACUGCGACCGGAGCCCCUGCAUGUCUUCUGAUGAAGGCAGUCUCGAGGCCCCCCCAGACUCCACCAAGCCGGAUGACUCGUCCCUGGACUCGGAGCCGGACCGGAGCAAGAAGAGCAAGAAGCGCCGGGUCCUGUUCUCCAAGGCGCAGACCCUGGAGCUGGAGAGGCGCUUCCGGCAGCAGCGCUACCUGUCCGGCCCGGAGAGGGAGCAGCUGGCCCGGGUCCUCAGCCUGACCCCGACCCAGGUGAAGAUCUGGUUCCAGAACCACCGCUACAAGAUGAAGCGAGGCCGGGCCGAGGGGCUGCUGUUUCAGGACCUGGACCUCCAGCAGCCUCCGAUGCUGCGAAGGGUUGUCGUUCCGAUCCUGGUCCGGGAUGGGAAACCUUUUCACACCUGCUUACUCGACACGGAGAAACUUGGAUGUUUACCUCAUUCUUCAGCGGUUCCCUUCCCCUUAGUCUACCCCAGUCUUCAGCACCCGUCCCACGUCGCUCUUCCUCCGCGGUACCAGCAGCACUUUCCCGCCGUGGCGGCCUCCAGAUUCGCCUGGAGAGACUUUUGGAGCGACUCGGUCCACUUUAAUGCCUUCAAGUGAAGGCCUUAUCUCCAUGCAAAAACUCAUUUAGAAUUGCAUCAAAUGUUUUCUGAAUGUUUUGCAUAUUUUCGAGCAACUUAAACAUUUAGAUUUUCAAUAUAGAACGAAAGAUAUUUUGCACAUUUUAUUUUGAUAUUUUACUAUUUUUUUAAAUGCUGAUAUUUUCUCAUAUGGGCUUACUGGUGUAGCCUGUAGAUUUUGUAAUUAUCCGGAGAGAUAAUGUAUAAUUAUUUUUAUGUGAAGCUGUUACUUGAUAAUAUUUGUAUAAAUAAUUGUUGUUGAAGACAAAUAAGGGACAGUAGGCUUUAGGCCACUAUUAGCCUGAAUGUUUGAAGGAAAGAUUAUGUUAUUUGUUGUCUUUAAGGAGACUUUCCUUAAAGGUUUUAAGUGUAAUAUGUUUCUUUUUGUGAACGAAAUUAUUAAUAAAA